AUGUCAGUUUCCAAAGGAGUGUGGUCGAACUUCACCAAACGGUCGCCAUCGUUGGCGCUACGUAACAAGGCCCUGCGUACUGCGUUGUUGAGCCCAAAUCUUCCGUACGGCCCGGCAUCUCUCAAAUCGAAUGCCAACAGAAGAAAAUACAAGUCGAUCGAGGGCCUUGAAGACAUUUACCCGCUAGCAUACGAGGUUCUCGAGAAGAAGAGCGAAGCUGUUUACAACAAGAUCGAGAAACUCGACCCAAAGAGCUCGAAUUAUGCCGAGGAAAAAGAAAGACUUCUUGUCGAAGCCGAGAAGCACAACCCAGAGGUGGUUUACAUGGCUGAGUAUAUGAAGAACAGCUUCGACAGAACACAACCUGUUUUUAGACAUUACAUAAAGACAGAUUGGCUGAAUCAUUCCCAGAUGUUGCUAAUGCAGAGACUCGAGACUCUGGGUGUGAUUCCAGACACUCUUCCUACUCUGGAGCCGGAAGUCGAUGUCAAGUUGAAGUUCCCGCACAACAACCAGGAUAGAUGGAUCGAGCCCGGUGUUGUUCUGUCGUCGAACGUGACCAAGAAACCGCCAGCUUUGGAGGUGAUAGAGUUCAAGGAAUCUAAGGACGAAAUGUACACGGUUUUGAUGGUUGAUCCAGACACCCCUGAUCUUGCUGCCGACAGCUACUCCACCACGUUGCUUUGGGGAGUGAAAGAUGUCAAGCUUUCCAACACGGACUCGAUGAUCGAUGCCAAGAAACUGGUGCAGAACCCAGACCUCGAGUUUGUGGAGUACCAGCCUCCUGUCUGCGAGAAGAACACAGGAAAACACAGAAUCGCGUUCUGGGUGUUCAGGCAGGAUGGAGAGCUUGCUAACGCUCCAAAGGGUCUCAAGAGAGAUUACUUCAAGAUUAGACAGUUUGUGGAAGACAACAAGCUCACCCCCGUGGGAGCUCACGUGAUCCGCUCUGUUUGGGACAGAAACACUGACGCCGUUAGACAAAUAAUGGCUAAAAUGCAUGGAAAAAUAAAUUAUUUUUCACCCGUACAUUUGAUGGUCUCUCAAUGUGAACUACGAAGGCAGCUUUUUAGCUCGAACCAGCAGGCCUGGGACGGCGUUUAUAUGGACGUUCGCAAUGUAGAUACCUCGUUGAAGGCCAAUACGUCGUUGCUGAAGAAGCUGAGUACUAGUUUCAGCUCCAGUGCAGAAAAAUCGCUUUUGAAAGCCGUGUCUGAGGUUUCCUUGACCAAGUAUAUGGACGAGCUGAUCCCAGCUGUUGUUCAGGGACUUUCCAGCAAGGGCACUGAUCCGUUGACCGCUGUCAAGGUGUGUUCUGUUCUCCACCAGCGGUUUGGAUCAGACUUCACUCGAAACCUGGUCACCUUCUUUAUCAGUUCUUUGUCCGAAACGAACGAGAAAGGAGACUCUUUUAGUGCACUGGGGAGACUACUGGUUCUUUUUACCGAGUUUUACCUUGUUGGACUGAUUCGAUUGGACGAAACGGUGUCCAAGAAAGAUCUUCCUCGAUAUUUGAGCAAGUCGGAUACACCGCUGCUUUUGGCGUUUAUGACGCAGAUUUUCUCGGUCCACGGCGAGGACGAGCAUCUAGCAGAGGUAUUGGCUGGAUAUCUGGUGCGAUUCGGGGAGAUUCUGACCAAUGACACCGGAUUGCUGCCAGAUACUGAACGAACUCGAUUGGUGAAGCUUUUUUCGAAGUACUCGGUGCACGUAAUCAACUGGACCACAGACACAAACAGCAAGUGGACAGAGCUAAUCAACGGUGUCGGAAAGUAUGCUUCUAGCAGAAGUUUGGUCCCCGAGCCUCUCAAGAUAGAUCUGAAGGAGUGCACGGUGAAAUUUAAACGAUUGUACUACUACUCGGAGCUGGCCCAGGGGAUAUUUGAUAUUGACGGGCCAGACGUGAUUGGCAUAGAUUCAUUGGGUGCCUACCCGUUUGACGAGUCGGUUGUUCCUUGGGAAUCCGAGGAGGACAGACAAUUCUACCUAAAUGUUCCUCUUGUUGAAGAAUUGAUCCAGGUAGCAAAAAUUGAGGAGACGGAAGUAACACCCGAACUGCUGGAGAAAGUCUCCCAAGCGACUUCUGCUGCUGAUGUGGACUCCGUCGCGUGUUCAUUUUGGAACCAGCACAUGAACAGUCCGGCUUCGCUCGCUAGAUUGCUAGAGUAUGCUCUUUUGCCUCAGUCAAACCAUAAAGCGUUUGCACGGUUCCUCAAGCUCAACAGACAAGCGCUCUCGUCUCUGGUGCUUCGGACCAUUCGCAAGACGUUCAUCGACUUCAAGAUCCAGAUCCUAAGUGGCAAGGUAAAUGCGCCGACCGUGACGCUAUUCUGCCAGCUCGUAAACUUCAACAUAUUUCCACCAGCAAAAGUCUACGAGGAACUGUCGUUUUUACUGUGCGAUGCCACCAGCAAAUCCAGUCUGGACACGCUGCAUUUUGUGUUUGAUCAGUCGGGAGCAACGUUGCGCAGCCAGUCUGUCUACCACGAGCUGGUGGACAACGUUUUUGGGCUCCUGCAGAGUCUGAAGUCGCAGCUCCCAGCCGGCUCGGCCGCGGUGGACGAGUUUCUGGCCGCGUACCCUGACGCUGUAGCGUUUCGCCAAGCGUACCGCGUGGGCCAGGAAACGGACAAGAAACAGAAGUACCUGGAUUUUGUGCUGAGACUGGCUUUGGACAAUAUCUCCUGUUUGAAGCAUAUCACAAAAAAUAUUUAUUGGGACGACGAAGACUACGCCAAGAUCUGCACGUUUCUGACGAGUCCGGGCGACAUUUCGUACGACCAGAUCUCUGCCCUGGUCAGGAUCCUCAAAGAACUCGGCGAAAGAGACCCGUCCAUCGUCACAGUUGUGGUGGACGAUUUGAUAGAGCAGAUCCAGGCAGGCCUUGAGGAGGAGGAUGUUCGCGAAAACAGAAAGCUGCUGGCGGUUGCAAAGUAUCUUGCCGAGCUGAGCAACAUGAAACUGGUGCCUGUGAAAAUGAUUCAGCAGCUAAUCGUUUACUGUAUCCUGGAGUCGCACAGCUCUGACCAAAAGAGCUGGUUUUGGGUGCACCUGGUGUGCCAGUUCCUGGACUCGGUCACAAAGUCUCUGACUUCCGAGUAUUUACUACUGGACUAUUACCUGGCGCUGAACGAGCCGCCAUCCGUGGACUUGCAGCUGCGCGUGAGCCGGUGCUUCCAGUCACGUGGUCGCGAACGCGCACAGAGCCUGGCAGAGGCGGCCUCGCGACUGAAGGAAAACAGGGUGUCCCGCGCGGGAACGCCGCAGCCAGAUACAGAGGCUUCUGAAACGGAGGAAGAGUCGGACGAGGAGGAGGAUUUGUCAACGCAGAUCUCUGAGGACGAGUCUGAGCUCGACAAUUCGGAAAGCGACGACGCUGCCGACGCCGAGCUGUACGAGCAGAUGAUGAACGAACACAUCGAGCAGAGCAUCCAGGCCGAGUUCGAUGCGCUGCUGGGCGAGAGUCUGAAGUCCUCGGGCGCGAAACCCAAGUCGAACGCGCUGGAGUCCAUAGGCUCGCUGGCUACCAUGACCGAGCCGCAGCCGGCAGAAAGCAACAAGUUCACGUUUCUGGCGAAAGCGGGCCGCAAACUGCACUCGCGCGUGGUCACCGUGCCCGAGGAGAGCGGCUUUGCAUCGCGGCGACUGCAGAACGUGAAACUGUCGCAGCAGGAACACGAGAGAGUCAAGGACCUGAUCCUCGAGCGGCAGGAAUAUUCCGCAUUGGCGACCGGCAUUGUGUACGGAGCUUACCACACCUACGUGUUGAAGGCCGAGGGUGAGAAGAAGCAGGAACUGUACGACUACGAGCACAAGAAGAAGUUGGUGGAGGAAGCCAAGGCUGAGUACAAGAAGCUGCACCCAGUCAAGCAGACUGCCGCACCAACCGAGGCCGUCAACCUCGACGACCCAGAAUUCGAUUUCGGGAAAUUUAUUUUGGGUGCUGUUGAGAAAUUGGGUAGUUGA